ACUUCUUGCGGAAGAAGAAAAGGAGACUCUCAGUGCCUUGUUGCCGAAGAAGCUGCUGAAGAAGAAAAGGAAAGAAAAAUAAGAGCCAAAGAGAGAGGAAAAGAAAGAAGAAAAUGGCGAGGUACGACAGAGCAAUAACGGUUUUCUCACCAGAUGGGCAUUUGUUCCAGGUCGAAUACGCGCUCGAAGCCGUGCGCAAGGGCAACGCUGCCGUCGGUGUCCGCGGCACCGACACCAUCGUCCUCGGUGUCGAAAAGAAGUCCACCGCCAAACUCCAAGAUUCCAGAUCGGUUAGGAAGAUUGUAAACUUGGACGAUCAUAUUGCUCUAGCAUGUGCAGGACUCAAGGCAGAUGCUCGUGUUCUAGUAAACAGGGCACGAAUUGAAUGUCAAAGCCAUAGGCUUACCGUUGAGGAUCCAGUGACUGUUGAGUACAUUACUCGUUACAUUGCUGGUCUUCAGCAAAAGUACACACAAAGUGGUGGGGUGAGACCAUUUGGGCUUUCAACUUUGAUUAUUGGCUUUGAUCCCUAUUCUGGUGCGCCAUCAUUGUAUCAGACAGAUCCUUCUGGGACAUUUUCUGCUUGGAAGGCUAAUGCAACUGGGAGAAACUCUAAUUCAAUAAGGGAGUUUCUGGAGAAAAACUAUAAGGAAACUUCUGGGCAAGAAACUGUGAAGCUUGCCAUCCGUGCAUUGCUUGAGGUUGUUGAGAGUGGGGGAAAGAACAUAGAAGUUGCUGUGAUGACUAAAGAGCAGGGUUUGCGGCAACUUGAGGAAGCUGAGAUUGACGCCAUUGUUGCCGAAAUUGAUGCCGAGAAAGCAGCUGCUGAGGCUGCAAAGAAGGCUCCUUCAAAGGAAACAUGAUCACUUUUUCUAUCUUUUUCUUUGUCUUGUUUUGUUAUUGGUCUCCCUGUUUUCCUUUUCUUUUUCUUUUCAUGUACUACUCCCAAUGUUUCUAGGAGUCGCGUUUGGUACUUUGCUUGGGUCCAACUGAUUGCUAUUGUCAUCCAUUUGGUUUUUAUUA